AUGCUCAGGCUUCUCAGCUUCAUCGUCUGCCUCGGCCCAGCGAAGCCCUCGGCCGCCCCGGGGGAAACGCGGCGGACGGACCGCUUGCGCGGCCACCCGUUUCCCGCCUCCGUAACGCCUGGGCGCCCACGCGAGGCCAUCGGACGUCACGCUGCCCUCCGCUGCUCCACAGAGCCUAUCGCGGGCAGUCUGUGUGCGGCGGCGGAAGAGCAGGCACUGAUAUGCGAGGCUGUCUCUCCGCUUCACUGGCGUCGAGGCGGUAAACGCCUUCCUCAUCCGCAAGGAGAUGGCACUGGCAAGGCCGCAGAGGCCCCUCGGCCAGAAGCGCUUAAAUCACACUCCACACCAGACCACUUGAAAGAAUAUGUCCAAUCCAGUACUCAGAUAGGGCCAGGACCUCCAGUUCGCUAUCGCUUAACAACAGAGAGAACGGACUUGGAUGAAAAAGAAGCGGUCAAAAGAUGGAUAUUUGGACAGAGAGAUACAGACAAAGAGAAUAAAGUCAUACUGAUUUUGGGAGAAACAGGGACAGGAAAGACCACUCUCGUCAAUACCAUGGUUAAUCACAUUCUGGGUGUAAAAUGGGAAGACAAAAUAUGGUUUGAAAUCACAGAGGAGGGUGAUGAGAAUCUGGCCCAAUCACGAACAACCUCAGUCAUCGUCUAUGAGGUCUUUGUUAAGGAAAACCCACUCUCUCUCACUAUCAUAGACACACCUGGAUAUGGAGACACAGAGGGGAUUGAGAAGGAUGAUCAGGUCACUGAAAAUCUGAUCAAGUUGUUCAAAGAUGAAGAUGGUGUCAAGGAAAUAGAUAUGGUGGGCCUUAUGGUGCCUGCAUCACACACUCGCCUCACUGACAGGACAUGCUACAUUUUUGAUACAGUUCUGUCUCUCUUCUCCAGAGAAAUUCAGAAUAAUGUAGUGCUCUUCGUCUCAAAUUCAGAUGGGCUGCCUGCUAAAAACAUCAGUGACAUUGCUAAAGAAAUGGGUCUGCCUUGUGCCAGAAAUAAGAAGAAGGAACCUGUUCAUUUCUUUUUCGCCAACCGUCAGACGGAGACCUUUGGAAAGAAGUACGAAAAUAUUGAAAAAACCCUUUACGAGUGUAGUGAGACAAAUAUUAAAAGCAUCCUCACCUUUCUAGAAACAGUGGAAACAAAAGACUUACAGAUGACUGAGAGUGUAUUGCAAAAACGCAAGCAGUUGAAUGAUGCUGUAAAGGACUGUUCUGAUCACAUUGACUUCAUUGAAAGAAAACACCAUGAGCUGCGAGAAGUUGAAAAUGCUAUGCAGAUACACAAGAAAGAAAUGGAAAAAAAUAAAAAUUUCACAUUUGAAGUAGAUGAACCCUACAAAGCCAAAGUCCCUAUUGAAACUACGCCAUUGCAGGCCAAAGAGGCAACAUGCUGCAGUGUGUGUGAGGAAAACUGUCAUGCAGAAGGGUGUUGGUGGGUCAGAGAUCUCUCAUGGUGCAGUGUCAUGAAAAAUGGAUAUUGCACCGUGUGCGCUAACAAGUGCCACUACACGGACCAUGUGAAGGAGAACAAGGUGUAUGUUCACAGGACAAGGAAGGUGAAAAUGAUAAACCCUGAAAUGAAACAGAGGUAUGAAGCCCAUGAAAAAGAAAAUGGGAGGAAAUUAACUGUGAGAAAUGAAAUCCAGGAUGAUCUAGAUAAAGCAGGGAAAGAGAAAACCAGACUGGCAGAGGAAGCUUAUCAGUGCAUUAUCUCACUAAAACAGAUGGCUCUGAAUGCUAUUUCUCUGAGCACUCAUCAGCAUCUUGACUUCAUGAUUGAAAGGAUGGAGGAGUUAGGAAGAUCAGAGAGAGUUGAAAAACUGAUGAGUCUCAAAGAGGAAUUUCACAAACGCUUCUCUCAGCAGCAGAAGCAUAAGCCGUGCAGCUUGGGAGAGUCAGGCAUCAUCGGGGCAACAGCUGCAACGAACAAACGAGUCAUUCCGCGCUUCAACCCCUUACGAUUCCUUCCUUACCGGUUCGGUUCCAGAAUCAGCUUGAAUCAGACAGCACAGAAGACAAAGCUACGGUGGCCUUCUGCAGGAUUUCUGCUGUAA